AUGGCACCAGGUAAAACGAUCCAGCUGGUGGGUUAUAUCAUCCCCCCAAAAGACAAAAAGCAAGAUCAGCAUGGAGGAAUUACAGAUGAAGAAUCCGAGGAAGAAGAGAUCGAGAACCCGCCUGAGAUUUUGGACAUGGAUGAGAUGGAUUUUGUGUCUUCUGGUGGCUUCACUUUCGAGCGGUCUUUACCUGCUGUUACUGAAGUUGACUUUAUGUUCCGUGGGCAGAAGCGGCGAGUUGUGGGCCGCUUUAUUCUUAGUGAUCCCUGGUGGGAGAUCUCCUGCCAUGCCCAAAAAAGCGGCCAUAAACUGGUGGUGAAUAGCUACCUACAAGCGGCCUCCUACAGUCUUCAGACAAUGGCAAAAAAAGGGCAAACUUUUGUGCCUCUGUUCUUAGCAAGGUGUGGCGUGGAUUCUGAGUUUGUCACUCAGUUCAUGCAGUGGUUGCCACAGGACCGAUGUGUGGACCUUGUUAACAUUAACGAAGCUCUACGCGACUUUGGAGAGACUAGCCAAGCAGUCAAGAAUGCAGCUGAUUAUGCCAGUUUACUAAUAUCUAAAUCAGAUGCUGGGUUUUUUGUGAGAGCUGCCAGAAUGUAUCCAAAUGUCAUGAAGUACCUGCCAGUGUUGCUGCCAGAACUGUUUUUAAAUCUGCUGCAGCGUGGUAAAGAGGAAGAAGAGAAAGAGGAACAACAGAAGCCUGCAGUGGCUGAAGAAAGUACAGAGGCCCCUUCUCCACAGAAACGUGGUAAAAGGCUUUUACUAGCCAAACUGGAGGAGCUCAUCAAGACUGAUGUGUGGAAGUUAGGAUUUAGCCAUAUCAUGUUUAUAGAGUUUCGGCUAGUCAGGUGUGAGGCCAAACUGAAGGCCUUCAAAUCAUGUGACUUGUUCUCCAAGUUGUCUGCUAAGCAUCGCAACGCUCUGCUAGUGUAUGAUCACCUUAAAUGCUACUGCCGUAAAGAUGGCCAUACCUACAUUGACCAAAAGCUUUUGGACGAAAGAAUGAAACAACACAUGGAAGAAAUCAGCACUUGGGAUGCUGUGGAGUUGCUCUGGAAGCAUGGCGUGCUAAUGGUGGAGAAACGGAAGGUUGCCCUAAGGAACCUUUACCAGGCUGAGAAUGGGAUAGCUGAAUGUCUCCAGGAACUAAUGUCAGAAGACACCUGGAAAAUUGAUCUUGAUGUGAGGGAGGUUCUCCUCUCCGACGAGCGUGAUAGAAUAAGAGCCAGAGAUAAAGAUUCAAGCACAGGGUCUACCUCGGAAAUGGACGACGAACCCAGACUGGACCAAGACCAGGUGCUAGCGGCGGAGAUGAUGUGUGCCAAUGCAGUGACUGUGAUCAGUGGAAAGGGGGGCUGUGGGAAAACCACAGUGGUGUGUUCUAUUUUAAAAGCUGCCAUGAACCAAAAAGAGAACAACAAUGAUGUUAACAGCAGCACCCAGAAGGAGGGUGAAGAGAAGGAGAAUGAUGAAAAGAGCCCUAUAGAGGUCCUCCUGACUGCCCCCACAGGUAGAGCUGCAUCACUUCUGAAAAAAAGAACCAGCUUCCCAGCUUACACAAUGCAUCAGGUUUAUUGGAGUUACAAGAAUGCAUCAAAUAAAGACCCAUUAAAGUGGAAGUUUGCAAAUGUACGAGUGUUGGUGGUGGAUGAGGGCAGUCUGGUCUGUGUGCAGAUACUUAACACAGUCCUCUCCCUGCUCAACAAGUAUGCCAAACUGCAAAAGUUCAUCAUUCUGGGAGAUAUAAGGCAGUUGCCCAGCAUUGCCCCAGGGAACGUUCUCUAUGAUCUGUUCGAAAGUCUGAAGAGGGUGAACUGUGCCAUUGAAAUGCACACCAACCAUCGUGCUGAAUCGGAGCUAAUUGUGGAAAACGCUGGACUAAUAGCAAAAAUUGGUCAGACGAAAAAGUUUUGUGAGCUGAACUUUGAUGCUGUUGUGGAUCCACGUAAACCUCUCACAAUGCCGUUAUCUGACAAGAGCUUUAUUUUGGUCCAACUUUCAACACAGGAAAAAGAUGAUGGUAAGUACAUUUCUGUAAAACAGCUUCAAAGAGGACCGGUCCCUGGCCUACAGGAUGAUGCGUGCUCACAGUUUGUUGCCUUCAGGAGAAACGACUGUAAUCUGAUCAACGAGCUUUGCUGCAAACAUUACUCGGAUCACAACACAAAGACUCAUAAAAACAAACAAAAUUUUCAAGUUGGUGAUAAGAUCUGCUGCACAAGGAAUGGCUAUGUGACUGAUAAAAGCAAGCCGGUGGAUCUCAAUAAUAAGGAGCAGAUUGUUAAAGAACGAUUAUGCAACGGGGAGAUUUUUUUUAUUUUAGAGGAUGUGACUGUGGAAGGCAAGGGCAGAAGUCGAACCCUGACCCUAGAUAAUAAGCAGGACAAAGUGCUGAAGGCGGACUACAGAGAGCUAAUGAGAGAGUGCAAACUGCAGCAUGCCUGGGCCCGAACUAUUCACACCUUUCAGGGCUCAGAGGAGAAAACUGUUGUCUAUGUCCUUGGUGAAAGUAGGUAUCAAAACUGGAAACACGUUUACACUGCAGUCACGCGGGGUCAGAGUCGAGUUUAUGUCAUAGCGAAAGACGACGUCUUAAAGAGCACCAUCCAACGACAGGACACCAGGCGAAACACACGACUAGCUGGCCUUAUCAAGGACGUGGUCCGCGACCUGGGGAUGCCUGGUGAUCAGUGUUACACUCCACAACGAGGUUUCAGCUUUCAUCCUUCUCAGUCCACACCGCAGUCAUCGCCAAGUCCUGGCCCAUCCAGGGCUAACCACGGCAUGACUAAGCAGAGUCCGAAGUGUAACACUCCGAUACGAGGUUUCGGCUUUCAUCCUUCUCAGUCCACAUCGAAGUCAUCGCCAAGUCCUGGCCCAUCCAGGGCUACCCACAGCAUGACUAAGCAGAGUCCAGGUAGUUACCCGAAGGAUGCUGGUGGUUCCAACAACCCACAGUCAGGAGGUUCAGGUCUGUUUAAGCGAGAGAACUGCACAGACAACUGCCCCACUCCACCCAAACAACCGAAGGUGGAAACACCACUGUUGUGUUCCCAAGAUGAGCCAAACAAAAUUACUCCCAGGCAGCUUUACCCAAAAAGCAACCAGGAUUCCCACCAGGACCAGCAACCGUAAAAGCAAACAACAAGAGAGCACAAAGCAGGAUUUAAAGGCUAUUGAGUUAAUUCUGCUUCGGUUUUAAUUAGGCUUUUAUGGAUCACAAAGAUGCUUAGCAUCUAACUAGCACAAUCAUCACAGCAACAUACACCGAUCAGCCAUAACAUUAAAACCACCUCCUUGUUUCUACACACACUGUC